AUGGUUUUCGGGACAAACUCUGUAUGUGCAUUCGCUCUGAACCUCGCCGUGUUCCUCCUCGUUGGGAAAACCUCGGCGUUAACCAUGAAUGUGGCUGGUGUGGUGAAGGACUGGCUCUUGAUUGCAUUCUCCUGGUCCGUGAUCAAAGACACAGUCACUCCGCUCAAUCUCUUUGGCUACGGGCUUGCGUUUCUGGGCGUUGCCUAUUACAAUCACUGCAAGCUGCAGGCGUUGAAGGCCAAGGAUACUCAGAAGAAGGUUCAGCAAAGUGAUGAGGAAGCUGCUGGGAAGCUUUUGGAAGAGAGGGAAAGUGAAAGUGCUGGAAAACGGGAUGAAGCCGAAGACUGA